AUGUCUCAAAAACCCAAGUAUAAAGUUGCUGAUAUCUCGUUGGCCGAUUUUGGUCGUAAAGAGAUUGAAAUAGCCCAAAAUGAAAUGCCUGGUUUGAUGAAGAUGAGACGAAAAUAUGGAGAAUCAAAGCCGUUAAAGGGCGCACGUAUUGCUGGCUGUUUGCAUAUGACAAUUCAGACGGCGGUUUUGAUGGAGACGUUAAUAGAAUUAGGCGCAGAAGUUCAAUGGUCUUCGUGCAACAUCUUUUCUACCCAAGAUCACGCUGCUGCUGCCAUGGCCGCUAAAGGUAUACCAGUUUAUGCAUGGAAAGGUGAGACAGACGAUGAGUACAUUUGGUGCAUCGAGCAAACAUUAGUUUUUGCUAAUGGAGAACCACUCAACAUGAUCUUGGACGACGGUGGUGACUUAACCAAUUUAGUCCAUCAGAAGUAUCCCCAAUUUAUCCCUGGUAUACGAGGUUUAACUGAGGAAACUACAACUGGCGUGCAUAAUCUAUACAAAAUGGCUAAACAUGGAAAUCUACUUAUGCCAGCCGUAAACAUUAAUGACUCUGUUACCAAGAGUAAGUUCGAUAACUUGUAUGGAUGUCGCGAAUCUCUUAUUGAUGGUAUCAAAAGGGCUACAGAUGUCAUGAUCGCUGGAAAGACUUGUGCAGUUUUUGGUUUUGGUGAUGUUGGAAAAGGUUGUGCCACUGCUCUCAAAUCGCAAGGUGCUAUCGUUAAGGUCGCUGAAAUCGAUCCUAUUAACGCUCUACAAGCGCUUAUGCAAGGUAUGGAAGUAACUACCAUUGACGAUAUCAUCAGCACGACACAUAUUUUUGUCACUGCAACUGGUUGUGCAGAUAUUAUUACAGCGGAGCAUUUUAUGAAAAUGCGAGAAGAUGCUAUCGUCUGUAACAUUGGCCAUUUCGAUUGUGAAUUGCAAGUUAAAUGGCUAUUGGAUAACUGCGAACGAGAUACAAUCAAGCCACAGGUUGAUCGCUUCACUUUACCAAAUGGGCGUCACAUCAUUUUACUUGCCGAAGGCCGCUUAGUCAAUCUUGGCUGUGCUACUGGACAUCCAAGCUUUGUUAUGAGCAAUUCAUUUACCAAUCAAGUAUUGGGUCAGAUAGACAUAUGGACAAAUCCAGACAAAUACGAGAAGGGAAAAGUAUACUUACUACCUAAAAAGUUGGAUGAAGAGGUAGCUGCCGUUCAUUUGGAUCAUUUAGGCGCCAAAUUGACUAAGCUGACCGCAAGUCAGGCCGAAUACCUAGAUAUUCCAGUGGAAGGUCCCUUCAAAAGUGAUAUUUAUCGUUACUAAGACUUUGUGCGUUACACUUAUCAUUUC